GUCUUCACGCAGAUCUAUCGGAACAGAAAUAAAUCAAAAUUCUCGCUGCACAAGGAACUCAUCCUGUGUCAAAUCUCUAGUCCUGAGUAGGCUUUGCCACCUGACAGUUAUGGAAAUGACUUAAUGCAGCUAUAACCAAAAUCCAACGUCUCGGUUUGGACUUCUGUUUUCUCUUGUUGACCAAAAUUUAUAGUUCAAUCGUUCGACUAACAAGUAUUCCACGAUGCCAGUCCUAGAAAUGGCCCUUGUCUGGGCCAACUUUUACCAUGGCCUGCGACGUUGCUUCGGCACCGAGAGUCGAACCGUGGCCACCCAGUUGACAACUCUCAGUCCGCAGAAAAAGUCACAGAAUCGGCGAAGACACGUAGGAAUAGGAAGAAGCCUUCGAACCUCACGCCGUUUGCGGAAAAGUCACUUAAUCGCGAGCGAUUCGGAACUUCAAGAUUUUUCUACCAGAGAAAGCACAGUACCGCUGACCUCUUGCCAAGAAGUUACUUGCUUUGAGGUAGAGUCUACCAGUUCUUCUCCUUCAGUUAAGCGGCAGCAACUGCAAAAGCAACUCCAGGAACGACCCCUGAUAAUGAACGCCAUAGAUGUGAUCCAGGUCAAGUGGAGUAACUGGUGGCAAGUAUGCUGGCCCGCUCUCGUGGCCGCCAGUGUUCAGGUAAGCUUUGGAUCACCGCGGCUUUGUCACUCGCUGAUGGGUUUGUACGAUGAAGAGGAUAGCGAUCCACCGAUCCUGGUGCUUGCCUGCUCCUUGGCAAAACAUUUUAAGAAGCUUUGCCAACGAACUGAUAUUGCAAUUUGCAAUGCUGGUCCCGGGCCCUUUUACAGAACCACGUCGGCUACCAUGGAGUUGAUUGACAUCCAGCAAAUAAACGAAGCACUGGUCGACUGUCUUGUCAGUAUUUCCGAUCCCGAGAUAUCCUUUCAGGAGUAAACAAAACCAAAUAGCCAAGAAGUUAUACUUCAUUUGACGUAAUAGAUUGUACAGGUCAGCCGGAAAUGCUUUAGCACACUAAAAAGAAGGUGCUUAUAUAUCUAGAAUAAAUCGUUUUCAGUAAA